UUAUAUAAAUACAGAGUGCCUGGCAUAUAUAAACUACUAGAACAAGAUCACCUAAGAAAACAACAGAUCAACAAGUAGCACAUGAUCACGUAAGGAAACAACAAACACAUGAUCACCUAAGAAAACAAAACAGAUCAACAAGUAGCACCUGAUCACCUAAGGAAACAACAACACUAACAAACCCUACAAAAGCUGAGUGUAAAACGGCAGUUAUAACUAGUUGGGAAGUGUUGUUUAUACAUAGGCAAUUCUCUUUCUUGGGCAAUAGUACCUACUACGAGUAGUUGGGAAGCCAUCCCAAUCUCGCCGCUCGCAUGACAGCCUCUCUCUUCUUCCUCGCUCCCCGGCUCCUCUUUUUUCCUCUUCCCUCCCAAGCACACAGAACCUUCCAGACCAUUUCAAAACCCUAAACCCUCGCUACCCAGGCGAGCUAAUCCCCGCAGUUUCGCAGUCCACCUCCGGCGAUUCGACUCGCCCCGAUCUCCGGCGUCUCCGAUUCGCGCCCACAUUGCUCGAUCCGGCUGCGACCCCGCGGGAAUCGGCGCGGAUUUGGGGCAAGGAAUUCGCUCUAGCGGCGUCCCCGCUCCCGGAUCUCCUCAAGCUUCUGGAACAUCCGCCACACGGCGCGGUAGGAUCCUCUGGUCCGUGCUCGGUUUGCUCGAUUCGGGAGGGGCUUCGCCGGAACCGGCGCGGAUUUGGGGCGCGCGCAGGGGGUCGGGAUGGCCGCGGCGCGCCAUCUUCUCGCCGCGGUGGUGCUCUGGGCCGCGUUCUCCUCCGCCGCGUCUUUCACCGACCCCUCCGAUGCGAUCGGGAUGUGGGAAUUAUAUCGCACACUGGAGUCGCCAUGGCAGCUUUCUGGGUGGACAUUCAUGGGUGGUGACCCCUGUGGCGGAGACGGGGAACUUGGAUCGUGGCGGGGGGGUCUUUUGCAAGGACUCAUGUGUCGUGGCUAUAAACAUCAGUGGGCUCGGGGUCGGAGGGUGGCUUGGCCCAGAACUGCUCAAACUCCACUCUCUGAAAGAGCUUGAUGUGAGCUUCAACAACAUCGCUGGUGAAAUCCCGCCCACUUUGCCCCCAAAUGUGGAAUACUUAAAUUUGGCAGCCAACAAGUUUGAGGGAACUGUACCACCAUCAUUGCCAUAUUUGCACUCCCUUAAAUAUAUGAACUUCAAUGAAGAAUGCCUUAUCGGUGAAGGUAUUACUGGCCGAGUUUACAGAGGUGAUUUUCCUGAUGGUCAGUUCAAUGUGCAGGGAAGGACAUUCUUGUUCUCACAUGCCACUUUCAAAAAAUCCACAAGGUCGAGGGCUUUGUCAUGGAAAGCUCGGAUGAAGAUUUCUCUUGGAGUUGCCUAUGCUUUGGAAUACUUGCAUUUUAUGUGCUCUCCUCCAGUUACCCAUGGAAAUAUUGAAGCUACAAAUAUUUUGCUCGAUGCUCAGCUCAUGCCCUACCUAAGUCACUGUGGGUUAGGAAAGUUCAGCCAUUUUGUCAGCGCCACAAGAAUGGUACAAUUCUGAAUACUCAAGGUGAUGGUGAUCACUGAUGCCGCACCAUCUCAGUCGUCUGGGUUCAACUGAAGGUGAUGCUGAUCAGUUAUGAUGUUCAAAGUCGAAACAUGGUGAUGAUUUGACAGUAUACAAACUGAGAGUGUCACAAUUUUCGUCUCCGUUUUGCUGAAUCAAAUUACUACAAACUGAGAGUCAUAAUUUCUGUCUCCGUUUUGCUGUGUGAGACAUAGUGAGAUAUUAUGUUGGACGCGAUAAAGUGUAUUGGAUUCUUGUA